GCAGAACAACCAAUGGAAGGUGCAAAUGAAGAAGCCCCUGCAGCUGAGGAGCCUGCUGCGGAAGCUCCUGCAGAAGCCCCAGCUGAGACAGGAGCAGAGGCAGAGGGAGCAGCAGAGGAACAACAACCUGAACAGCCCCCUGCAGAAGCACAAGAAGGUGGUGAAGCUCCCCAAGAAGAUGCAGCCCCUCCAGCUGAGGAGGCUGCAGCAGAGGGAGGUGAAGGAGGAGAUGAGACAAAAGCUGAGGGAGAGGAACAGAAACCAGAUGGGGAAGAACCCAAGGCAGAAGGAGAGGAGGCUGUGCCAGCUGAGGGGGAGGAGGCCAAGCCAGUGGAUGAGGCCGCAGAAGGAGGUGAAGCUCCAGCAGAAGGAGAAGGAGGAGAGGUUGCAGAGACAGCAGAGAAAACAGAAGAUGGUGAGACUGGACAGGAGGCUCAGCCUGCUGAAGGAGAAGGCGAGCCAGCAGAAAAGCCCACUGAAGGUGAAGAAGGAGAACAAGCACCUGCAGAAGCAGGGCAGGAAGCUCCAGCUGAAGGUGCUGAGGAAGGAGCAGAGAAACCCCCAGAAGGUGAAAAAACAGAGGAAGAAAAACCCAAAUCACCUGUACCUCAGAGUGAUACCUUUGCAGAAGGGGAGAGACCAGAGAGCCCAGUAGCAGUAGGAGAAAAACUUUCCCGUGAGGGCAGUCCCACUGGGGAGAAGGAGAAAACUGAUGGCCCUGAAGCUAUUAGACCAUCUACUCCUGAUAGAGAAAUUUCUGACUUGGACAUACCACGGGAUACAGCAAUGGAUGAUAUCAUUGAGGAAGAGCCAGCAGGACCACUGAUCAGCAGGGAGGAGUUAAUAGAAAGAUACCAUGCUGCCAUAGCUGAGAGAGAGCAGCUUCAACAACAAAACUACCAGUUCCAGCACAAGCUGGCUGAAGUGUUUAGAAAGAAGAAGACUGAUGAUUCUGGCAAACAGGAAACAGAUAAGAAUGUGACAGAUCAGGAACAGAGAUAUUUGAAAUAUAUGGCCAACUUGGAUGAGCUGCGUAGACAGGAUUCCCAGUUGAGGGAGGAGUACAGGAACCAGAUAGAGGAGCUGAAGUUUCAGUGCCAGGAGCACCAGUCAUCUGUGGAUGAGGAGAGGGAGAGAUAUAUGGAGUUUAAGAAACAAGUGGCACUGAAUUCCAUCAACUCCAGAUCUGGGAAACCAAUCCCUCCCAGGGAUAUUGAGCACUUUUUAUUACAAGAAAACAAGAAGGAAUCAGAAGUUGUCAAUGUCAGGCUGGAAAACAUAAAGCUGAAGAAUAAACUGAGAAAGAAGGAAUUGCAACUCAAAUCUAAGGAAGAGCUUGCAGCUGGUCUUCACAUGAUUGACUUUGAACAGCUCAAGAUAGAAAAUCAAACUUACAAUGAAAAGAUUGAGGAGAGAAAUGAGGAACUUCUAAAAUUGAGGAAGAAGAUCACAAGCACUGUGCAAGUGUUGACUCACCUGAAGGAGAAGCUGCAGUUUGUGCAGGGUGAAAAUCACGUCCAGAAACAACAACUCAGAGAGGUAGAAGCCCUGGUGGGAAGUAAACGAGACAUCCUUUCCAGAACAAAACAAGCCAGGGAUGCAUUAAGAAUAGAUAACCAAAGACUGAGACAAAACUGUGGCCUGCUAGGAAAUGAACCUUUGUUGAGAGAUUUUGAGGAAAGAAAAGAUGAUAGUGAGGCACUGAAUAAAAAGUUAGAGGACUUAAAACUCAGGCACGCUGAAUUGACAUUAAAUACAACAAGUGUCAGAAGGAAACUGGAGCAAGCCAGAACAGGACGGCCAUAAAUGUCCUCCUAAUGUGACACUGCUGGACUGACUGCAAAUGGAUAUAUAACAACUCUAUAGCAAACUUGAUACUUUAUUUGCUUUAAAGCAGUCACAUUCAAAUCCACAUUCAUACCA